CAGUCGUUGUACUCAGUGGAGCUUCAGAACGGUUCAUUGCUCAACUUUCUCGCUGCUUGUCAUGCGCGCUUCGAUCCUUCUCUCGUGCCUCGCGGGUCUCGCCGGCGUCACGGCCACCGCGCCUGUUUGCAUUCUUGGUGCCGGACCCUCGGGCCUUGCGUCGGCGCUGCGCCUCGCAGAGAAGGGCAUCACCGAUGUUGUGAUUUUUGACAAGAAGGACGGUCCUGGUGGCAAGACGGAGAACUGGGUCUCGCCCGAAGGCUUCAACCACCACAUUGGCGCCAUUUUUGGCGACACGACCAUGUACCCGCUUUCGAUCGAGCUCCUCGACAAGUUCAACGUCGAACGCCCGCUCAUUGCGCUGCCGCAAGAGUACUUCUACAACGUCGAAACAGGCACGAUCCUCGACGCUUCGACGCUUCCUUCGAACGCGACCGCGGCGGUCGCUGCCAUGCAGCGCUACGCGGCCGUCUACGCCAAGUACGCAGCCUACAUCCGCCCGGGCUUUCCGAAUGGCGUGCCGGCCGAGAUUGCGGCGCCCAUGGCAGCGUUUGUGGCAGCCAAUCAUUUGGAGCCGCUCCUCCCGCUCUUUCACGUGUACCUCACUGCAUGCGGCUACGGCUCGCUCCACGACCUCCCCACGAUGCAUGCUCUGGCGUACAUCAAGCCGUCGCUCUUUGUGCAAUUUGCGACACACCAGUCGACGAUCUUCAUCACCGACUACCACCUCCUCUUCGCCAAGAUUGCGUCGUCGUUAACGCAUGCAACUUUUCGAUACAGUGCAACCAUUGCCAGCAUGGACCGCCGAGCGGACGGGGCUAGCAUCAUGUACACGGUGAACGGCAAGGGUCCUCAGACGCAAGCGUGCGCUUCGAUCAUCAACACGAUCCCGCAUCGCUUGGACCUCCUUCAGCCACUGGGUCUGGACGCCCAGGAAGUCGACGUCUUCAAACACGUGGAGACGGUCCAGUACUUCACGACAGUCUGGACGCUCGACCACGUCGAGCCGCAACAUCAGUACUCGAACCAGCUCCAGCUCACAGGCAACGCGGCCAAGCCACUGGCGUUUGGCGAGCCGCUUGGUGACGGCGCGCCCGUCAUCUUCUACACGCAGCCGUCCGACACCAAGUACUUUAACGUCUACUCGUACAAGCGCGGCAAGGACGUGAUCUCACUCGAAAACGUCACGGCGCUGGCGCAGAGCACACUUUCCCAGCUCAACAAGAACGUUUCAGAGCCGGGGGCCGUCGCCACACCACUGACAGCAGCAGAUCUUCGGUUUAGCAAGAGCUGGGACUAUUUUGCCCACGUUAGCCCAACGACGGUUGCCAACGGCUGGCAUGCGGCCCUGGCAAAGCUCCAGGGCCACCGGUCGACGUACCACACGGGCGCGGUUCGCUUUAUGGAGACGGUUGAGUGCUCGAUCGCGUCUGCAUUCGAUCUAGUCGACACGUACUUUAGUUCGCACCCGGCGUGCUAAUCGAAUAGGUUUAUCGUCUCCA